AUGUCUGUCUCGAGAUAUAGCUGUUCGGUCGAGUGUUCGCGGUGUAUGAAGAGAUUUAAAACUUCGAAGUCAAUGUGGAGUCAUAUGUUGAAAUCACACCAACUUUCAAGAAUUCCUCUUGAGUUUUUGGAUGAAAACAACCAACCCAUUACAUUCGCUAAACCUGCCUUGAUAGGGUCAAGCUCCCAGUUGGAUGCAUACAGCAUAUGGUUAUCAACAAUCGUGGAACGAGUUAAUGAAGCCUUACAUCCUGCUCUACCAGGUAUAAAUACGCAAUAUAUAUAUUUACAUAGCGUGCAUCUCAGUUAAAUGCCGGAGACUAGGGUAAAUUUACUAGCGAAUUAAGUUAUUAACAAAAUGUUAAAUUAUACAAGACUACAAGUGGCGAUUUACAUCUCAACUUAACGCAUUUCACAGGUCGAUGGACACAAAUUGAAGAUCCUUGUGUCCCAGAAGCUUUCGUACUACAUUUUAUAGCACGAAUUGCUGAAGAAACAACUGACUUGAUUUCUCCAGUCAGGAAAGCAUUGGAUGAGCAAGGCGAUCUAAAGCUGCGUGAAACAGCUGUCUUCCGUAACUUUCAUGAAAUAGAAGACAAAAAUAUGUCUUUCGAAAAACUAUCCAUGAGAGAAAAAAUUGCCAGAAUGAAGGCAUCUUCUAAAUUAGGGUAUGCUGAACGUGUACAGGUACCCACAUCACGUAGUUCUCUCGUUAUUUCUGAAGGUGAGGGGCAUGGCACAAGAGAAGUGGAAAUCCUUCACUGGCCGGAGUUAUACACGGUUUCCAAACAGUAUAAGUUUCAGCUCCGAUUUUUUAUUAAAAAAUGUGACAUUCAGUGA